AUGUCUAACAUGUCCUUAACUGUCUCAAAAGUAAUGAUAAAAAGAUUUUUCUGGCCCGUUAACAAAGACAUAUACCUUGGGAGGGUUUACAAAAUGGUAUGUUUCACUGGUCUUUAUCUCGGUCCUCUUUUUUUGAUUAUACACCGACUCUUAUUCUCUAAAGACAGACAAAUUAUAUUUUAUAGACAAUGUCAUUGUAUUUUGUGUUUGUCAACUCUUCUGUUUUCUGAACUGUCUGACAUCCAUCUGUUCUCGUGUUUAACUUUAUUCAACCAUAAUAUAAUUGUUCACAGCUGGCUCGUCAGUACAGUACAGCUCUACUUUCAGCAUGUAGAUUUCUAUGGCUUCCCACACUUUCUUGCUUUCGUGGAGGUCAUGAAGGAACAUGACGCAGCUGGCCAUGACUCAUCAGUACCUAUCGUCAAACAAUGGUCACAAAGCACCCAUACACUAGGCCACCAAACGCAACCGACUUAUGCAGUUAUAAGUGUAAAUGACAUUUGUCAUCAAGUUGGUCUGGUCCAAUACCUACUGAAUGGAAACCAGUUUUAUGUAAUUGCGCCCUAUUCUAUCUUUAACAACAACAUGUGCAUUACUAAAGGCAAUCUUUCCAUUCUGUAA